AUGUGUCUAUUGAGAGUAGAGAAAAAGUUAGGAAAACUGAAAUCUAACAUCGAUGUGACCGAAUUUAUUGAGAAGAUGUACGAGUUCGAGAAGAAGUCCAAAAUGGGAGAAUCGGAAGUGACAGCCAUUGUGCUCUCCUUCGACGAGGCUUCACAUACGGCGAUGUGUUUUUCUACGUCGCUGGAAGCAAUGAUCAAUAUCAAGCUUCCGUUGGAACUUCCAAUCACAACGGGUAAACUCAUUCGGUUCACUGAUUACGAUUAUUCCAAUGAAAAUGCGGUGUAUACACCCGUUUCAAAACCGGAUUCUAUAAGUGUAACUGAAGACGACGGAGUUCGGUUAGAUGGAAAUAGGCUUCUCAUCGAAGCAAUGAUUGCUUUCUCGGUUGAAAGCAAUCAUCCGACGUAUUCAAAGAAAAAGGCGUACGCAGGAGUCUUUGGCCAUGUGGAAGUCGAUGAAAACGUCGCUCUUCGGAUGGAGAGAAACCAAGUAUAUAAAGCUGAGCUCACCUUCAACAACUCUACUGAGCUCAGUCAAAAGAGCACGUAUGGAUUCAAAGUCUGGUCGAUCUGCGGUGAUGCAUCUCCAGAAGAGAGUGAAGCGUUCAUGACAUCGCUUUAUCUGUACGAAGAUAAAAUUAGAGUCGAACCAGUUGAGCCAGAAAAUACAAACCUUCUCCCAAUGAACGAGUUCUCCCAACUUCCGAGCGGUCAUGAAUCAGUUGGAAAUAGCUACCGUCCGCCUAACAAAGUAAAUGAAGACUCGGAACGUUUGCAAGCUGGUGCCGACAACAGAAGUAUUGCAUCUUCGGAGUCUUCAAGAUCAUCUCAAAGGAAUCUCGGAGCUUCAGAACGGUCAGAAAGAUUGCAAUUCGGAAGACAAACUUCACGAAACAAUUUCGGUGCCCAGAAUCCUACUUCUAGCGGCCAGAAUAUGAUUCCUGAAGACAAAGAAAUAGAGAACUGUGCCGUUGUCCUCGAUUCGUCAUUUAGAGAGAUAUUUGUAUACGAAACUACUCUUCUUAAGCUUAUGAAACUAGAGAAUCCCAAUAACGAACGGUGCGCCAAAUGGGGAGUGGUUCGUUUCAUACCGGAAGGACCUCAAAAUGGAACAACUUUUGUAAAAGCAAACAGCUUCCGAUAUUCUCCUCCUGGUGCAGCUGUGAUUCUAACUCCAAAUGGGCCACCACAGAUGAAAACACAUCUGGUCUUUUCAAACAAUAACGGAUACAAGACAUACAAUAGAAGUUGUGGUUUUUCGAACCGAUUCGGACUUGUUGAAAUAGCAGAUCCGGCCGACGGUUUAUUGGGGAACACCGUCUACAGCACUAACAUCGAAAUCAAGCAAUGGCUCGAUCCCUUAGAGCCCGUGUUCCGCAGUGUUUCCAAACUAAAAGAAGAGGAUGUAGAAUUCUCGGACGAUUUUGCCAACUCCAUGGUUCAGUUUGAAGAAAACCUUAAGAAACAGAUACAAUCAAACGGAUUAUCGGCCUCAAAAAUGCCGCAGAUGGAUAGAUUACCUUCUCGCCCCCAAAAGAGUAGCCGUAAUAAGCCAGAUCGAACCAAUCUGCCAGACUGGAUCAACGGGCUCGUAGUUAGUGUAAGAAAAGUUGGUAACAGAAGAUGGGGACGGUUGCUCACUCCAGUGGGAGAUGCUGUGUUCUCAGAAAUGCCUACUCACGGCAGCACGGGAAAGCAUGUUCAAGUUCUGUCUUGGAUCUCAGUCCGAAUAACGAACGUGAGUGGAGAAUUAUGGGUGACCAAAAUUGAAAAGGAUGCCCACGAGUUUCUGGAUACGUCAGUAGCUAUGACAGGCGACGAGAUUGAGGUCACAACUGUUCUCACAAGCACAUCCAACUUCUCGACAGUGGACAACAUCAACUACUUCAAACACAAGCCGCUGGGAAAUGUGCAAACCGAAAAUAAUCUGGACUUUGGGCAGAACGGAAUAGCACAUGUAGUGUGCAGGAGGGGAUUCGGUCGACCCAUACCGAGCAAAAAAGGAGAAGAAUGUUAUUGGUUCGCCAGGCAGAUCUUUCCACAGUCUCGUUCACCGGAAAGAAGAAGUAGAGCAUCAGAAUACCCAUCGAAUGAUUCUGGAUGGGACAAUCGACAAGGCAAUCGCCAACAGCCACAAGAUCCAUUUUCCAAUCCCGAGAAAAAUAUAUUUGCGGACCAUGAAUCACAAGAUCCCUAUGGCAAUCCGGAAAAGAAUGUAUUUGCGGACCAUGGAUCGCAAGAUCCAUAUUGCAAUCCCGAAAAGAACAUGUAUGCGGGCCAUGGAUCACAAGAUCCAUACCGUAAUCCAGAGAAGAAUACAUUCGCGGACCAUGUAUCACAAGAUCCAUACUAUAAUCCGGAGAAAAAUAAGUUUGCGGAUGAAGGAUCACACUAUGGACUGUCAAGUUUCACUCCGACGAAUGGGAACCAAUAUGAUCUACGCCAAAAUGGUUUCAACAAUCCGAAUAGUUAUUGUGAACACUCGGGUCCGCAAAGUUAUCAGGAUCAUAGUCGCCCUAUGUCACAAUGUCAACCGCAAUUUCCACAGCCUUCUCCGGAACAAUAUCGGCCACAACAACCAUUCGGCGAGGACACCAUGUCGUUUUCCGGUAGAAAUGACGGAACACCCUUGAACUGCCUGAUUGUUUCUCGCAGAAAGAAUAUCAUGCUUGCAUAUGUCUUCAAAUAUCGGACAUCGGCGGAUAUCGUUGAGAAACGGGAUGUAGGUCUCUCUAUCCUAGUGAAUGCGUCAGAAUGCUACUGCAAUUUGCCGAUCGAUCUUUCCCAACCGCUAACAAUGUAUCAGGAUUAUUCGAACAGAACCGGCAAUUUUGUAUUAGCUUCUGGCGAAGUUGGAUCCAUCUUAUUGGAUAACUCGACUCGUGAUGUGACUGGAAACAAAGGUGCAGCCGCAAUUACGGACAGAUAUCGUGGCAAACCGGGAUCCUCGGAUAUGGUUGCCCAGUGCCAAUACACCGAGUGUCUCGUUCCUCCAGCCAUGCUCAAUCGUGCUGGUGAUAAUGAAGAUGUUUUCUUUGCUUGGAAAGUCAUCCAAGUUAUCGGUACGAAUCAAUCUUUCGAAUUCAACGAAGCUGAAAGUAAGAAAAGAAAUCUUGGUCCCGAUGCUCAUGAGUUAGAAGAAGAUGAUGACAUCAGCCGACAGAAGAGGCAAGCAAAGAUGGCUUAUGAAGCGAGUCUUCGACGUGAACAAGAAAUGCAUUCAAGUGCUUCUUCGAAUAUUGGGCCCUUCCAAAAUCAGCCAUCGGGCAGCCAGUAUGCCAAUUCUGAAAGAUAUGGAACCCCUAAUGGAUCUCGAAUGUUUGGAUCCGAACAAGGAUUUUGCACAGCACCUCAAAGUAUUAAUGCUGGUCCGAGUCGUUCCGAGACACCUGUCGCUGCUGCUUUUAAUGCUGAUCCUUAUCAGCCCAGUGCUGUUGUCAAUCUGGCUCAAUCAAUUAAAAAUCGUAUCGCUUCGUACACUAGAAAUCCUGACCUAGCAGCACACAUGGAGGCGGUUGUUCCUGGAAAUUUGACAUCUUUAGAAUAUGAGAUUGAGAACUUGUUGAGAAUGUGCCAAUCUUCGAACAGGAGUUAG